AUGGCUGUCCCAGCUCCGAGUUCAUAUGACUUUUAUGACUUUAUUGUGGUGGGUGGUGGAACCGCUGGGAAUGUCGUUGCAGGUAGAUUGGCAGAGAAUCCCAACGUGAAAAUUCUCGUGAUUGAAGCUGGAAUGGGGCAAGUAUUCUGUAUAUACCUGCCACUCACUCCACUGACGUGGCAAUAG